GCCUCUAUAGCAAAGCUCAUUUACAGCAAAAGUAUAAAGAUGGACAUUUUGCGGUCUUUAGUCACAGAUACCAGGCGCAGCGCCGUAGACCCGACCACUGAUUAAGGGUAAAGGGGAGGGAUGCACGGCAAAGCAGCGCAUGGGAGUACUGGGGAAAAUUACAAGGCUCCUUCAUAUACAAAUAGUCAAAAAAGGCGUGUACAUAUAUAUGCUAAGAGGCAGAUCAGAAACGUACACAGUGAAGCCCAUUUCAUAAGACCGCCUAAGCGAUUGGAUGGAUAAUUUCUGCGUGAAGUGCAACACCGGGGUGAACUGCAUGGAGUGAUACAAGUGACAAUUAGAUUUAAGGCGGUGUUUAAACUUUAUUGAAAAAUAUGUAUCUUUUAAAAAAUAAAUAUGAGGAAUUAAGUAACAAAUGUAACAGUCAAAAGGUCAUAUAAGUACUUCGCGUGAUUAUUAAGUGCGCAAAGCAAGGAGCCGGAGCUCAGGACACCUGUGAUGAAAGAGGGACAAAUGAUGAUUUCGUGUUAUAAAGACGAAGUGAUUCCACCAGAGGAAAAUGCGGCGCAAACACGAACCAAAGUUUGCAUGGUCAAGUGGACGGCAGAUCCAUCUAACUAAAUGAAAACAACAAAAGUAUCGCCUUUUCAGUACUUGAUUAAUACUUUUAAAGUUCAGUUUUAGCAUUUGAAUUAAUUAAAUGAAAAAGAUUUUUUUUUCCAUGUUGCUUCUUAUUUUAUUCCGAUCAUUUUAGCAAAGCUCCGCAACACUGCAAAAUUUCAGUUCCGCAAUAUACUUUCUGGUUAUAUCCAGUUUUUUUAACUGAAUAUACUUAUUAUUAAUAUAUAAUUUUUAUUUUAUUUUUAAUUUUGUGUAAUUGGCUCCGAGGUGGCUCCAAAGACGUGUCUCGGUUCCUCGUCCGCUGCCGAUGCGGACACUGGGGUCUCUCCAGCUGGAGGUGUCAGUACAUCAGCCUCUGCACCCUUACAGGGUCCCAAGCCCGGUCGGAUCGGGAGAAUGACUCGUUUAGCGGCGGAACUUCUGCUGCUUGUGGGACUUCUCAUCCUAACUGUGCACAUUACGGUUUUAUGGAGCACCCCGUUCCAGCAUGGAAAUGCAACUUCGAGUAGCAAGCAGAACACCCCACGCAUCGCGGACAAUGUCAAUGAGGACAGCUUGCCCUCAGAGCUGCACCCUGAGCAGCAGACUGUCCCCCAGGCCACUAGGGGCAGUCCAGUACUGCAGACAGACAAGUCGGGAGCCUUCCUUCUGGACCUUCACAACUUCCCCGACCUCUCCAAGGCCGACAUCAACAAGCAGAACCCGAACAUUCAGGUAACAAUUGAAGUGCUCAAUAGUCCUGAGGGACUGGAAGCAGAGAAGAAGCAACACAAGGAGAGCAAGUCCAAUGUGGCCUUCCCAGGCUGGAGAAGCUGGUGGACCCGCUCCUCUUCCUCCACGUCUGCUUCCCACUUCCCUGGGAGCCCCAGGAGCGAAACCCGCAACACUGAGCCUUUCGGUGGCGACUCCAUGAGCCCCCCUGGUGGCAGGGGGCGGUAUGACACCAGAGGGGGGCAAAAGCGUCAUUCGCAAGGCACGGCCCAGGAAGAGUUCGACUACACGGACGGAGAGGGCGGCUGGAGCGCAUGGUCGGCCUGCAGCGUGUCAUGCGGCAACGGAAGCCAGAAGCGCACCAGGUCCUGCGGCUAUGGCUGCACGGCCACAGAGUCGCGUACCUGCGACAUGCUGAGCUGCCCAGGUAUUGAAGAUGCUUUCAGAACUGCUGCUACGGAAGUUAGCCUGCUGGCUGGGACCGAUGACUUCAACGCUACAGAGCUCUUCGGCGUUGCCACAGACAGCUGUGAGAGAUGGAUGAACUGCAAGAGUGAAUUUCUCAGGAAGUACAUGCUGAAGGUGUCCAGCGACCUUCCCAGCUGCCCCUGUUCUUAUCCGACCGAGGCAGCCUACGGCUCCACAAACGUCCAUGACUCUGCCACGGGUCGGGACUUCCGCUGGAAGGACGCCAGCGGCCCCAAAGAGAAGCUGCCGAUCUACAAGCCCACGGCACGCUACUGCAUCCGCUCCUCGCUCACCCUGCAGUCCACCACGCUGGCCGCACAGCACUGCUGCUACGACGACGACAUGGCGCUGAUAACCCGCGGGAAGGGUGCCGGCUCACCAAACCUCAUCAGCACCGAGUUCUCCGAGGACCUGCACUACAAGGUGGACAUACUUCCAUGGGUCAUCUGCAAGGGGGACUGGAGCCGCUACAACCAGGCCCGGCCACCCAACAACAGGCAGCGGUGCGGAGAAAACCCUGUGGAGGAGGAUUACCGCAAACAGUGCGAGGAAGCCAGGGACUUCUGACCCUCCUCAGUUCCUGCUGCGGGUAUGAAAAGGGAAAUCAGAGGAAACAUCUCUACUUCUUUAUCAGGCUGCCACGCAACUUCUUUCUGUCACGAUUUUUGUAAAGCAUCAUAGAUUCUCAGGACCAAGAACCGUAAUGAAAACUAUACUGGAAUGUGCACAUGGUACAAGAAUCGAGCAGAUUCAAACGUACCACAUCCCCAAAUUUCUCCCGAAGGACAAUCUCAUCAGCUAUGUCAAUGAGAGCAGUAACACAGUGUUUUUACAUUCUAAUAAUGUAAUUCUAUUAAUGCUAUUGCAAGUGAUAUAUAAUUCGAAUUUUUUGGAAAUCAUUUCUGCCACUUGCGUAAAUCAUUGUUGGAUAGACGUUUUACUUUUUUGUAAAAUACAAAGUGUUGAGUUUGUAAAUGGCUUUCGCAGCUUGUAUUUAAGCUAAAGGGUUUAUACAAAAUAUUUUGAGAUUAACAUUGAAAGUUAUUAGAUUAAACUUGAAAUUAACUUCCGAUGGAAAAAAAUAGAAAUUAAACAUAAACGUUUUGGCAUUAAAGUUGAAUUAUACAGAUCCCUAGCAGAUACAAUCCUUCAUUUCAUGUGACGUGAACCCGGAAAGCAGCUGAAUGUGAGGCACCUGUAUGUCACUGACAUGUAAGACGAUUCACCGUCUACAGGCAGCUCACAGCCACUGACUGGUUUCCACCAGCUUCUUCUUUUUUCUUAAAAAAUUUAGUUGGACUCUGUACUCAAAACGUUUGACUUUUGUUAGAUCUCAAAGCUUUCAAUUUUAAUUUCAAAACAUUUUAUAAUUAUUUUUUUUUUUACAUUUAGGUGGCCCUAAUGGUCUUCAAUGGUGUUUAGCCCUUAGGCUGGUAUGGUUUUACCAUCAUUAUUAUUAAAUAUAUUUGGUGCAGUGGCUCCAAAACCGCUAUAAUGUUGUUUGUAAAUGUUAUUUCUGGUGACGGAAAACCAUAUGUCUUGAAAGUGGCACCACUGGUAUUGAAACAAUUUUCCCAAAAUUGGUUUCAGUAAAACAUCAAAAGUUAUCAGGUAAUAUUGUAAGCUGGUUCUCUUAGCGUGUAUUAAGUGUUGCAAAUCGUUUCCAGUCUCCCCUUUUUUGGAACAAGCGCCACACAAUUUUCCUUUCAUGCAAUUUAUUAAGUUGUACUUACAAUCAUUGGAUAUUUUUGUGUGGUCUAAUCUGCCACAGGCAGACCAGGAGAGUAGGCCUAUGGACGAGUAUGUAACAAUCUGCCAUCUGUGUUGGGAUCAGUAGUUAUUUCAUCUGAUUUUUAAGUAGCACCACAGAAACCAUACUGUCCUGUAAUUCCAUUGGAUUUAUUCUGUUUUUUAUUCUGCAAUUACCUUAUUUUAUUUUUAAAUUUGACAUUCCUAUCUUUGGCAUUGGAAAUUCAUGCUAAUCGGUAUUAUAUCAUUAAAGCACACGUCACUAGACAUAUGGCUACAUGCCCAGAAAUUUUAAUGUGGAAAACUAUUUCAUUAAAAAAAAAAAAAACCUCUGAUUAUUACUGUUCUGUGUGUAAUGUGUGCUUCGUAGAGCAUCUCUACCAAGGUCAACACAUACACAUAAGGUACAGUACUAGAGAGGAACCAGCAUAGAUUUAAAUCCUUCCUGCAGCUUUAUAUGUCACCUCAUAUGUCAUCUUUUUAUUAUUUUAUUAUUAGAAUAAUCACAAUAUGUUAAGG